AUGCCGUCGUGUGCGCUCUCUUGGAGUUGGAGCUCGUCUGACCCGGCCUCGCAGAUCAUGGAACUCGAGACACGCGUCGCUUCCCUGCAGUCCGAAAUCGACAACGCCACACCGACAUCCCUCUCACGACGCAACCAAGACCCCUCGGCCUGGCUGCCCCGCGCCCAGGCCCGCCACACUCUUCAGUCGCACCGCGAACCCGUCACAUGUGUUGCCUUUCACCCUGUCUUCUCGUCUCUCGCCUCGGGAUCUGACGACUACACGAUCAAAAUCUGGGACUGGGAACUCGGCGAGCUGGAGCGGACUAUCAAGGGCCACACGAACGCCGUGCUCGAUGUCGACUUUGGUGGGCCACGGGGCGGUACACUGCUUGCCUCGUGCUCCAACGACCUGACCAUCAAGCUGUGGGACCCCUCGGACGAGUACAAGAAUAUCCGCACACUGCCCGGCCACGACCACAGCGUCAGCUGCGUCCGUUUCAUUCCUAGCGGUGCGGCCGGCGCGCCAAGCUCGGGCAACCUGCUCGUGGGCCACGCCGACUGGGUACGUGACGUGUACCCUUCGCCGGACGGCCGCUUCCUCCUGUCGGUGAGCGACGACCGCAUGGGUCGCCUCUGGGAUAUCAGCGCCGCCACGCCCGAGACGAAGCUCACCCUCGUCGGCCACGAGCACGUCGUUCUCUGCUGCGCGCUGGCUCCGGCAACCGCAUACCCGCACCUCGCGCCGCUCGCGGGGCUGAAGAAGGCGCCCCCAGCCUCGAGCGGGACCGAGUUCAUGGCUACCGGCGGCCGCGACAAGACGAUCAGACUCUGGGACGGGCGGGGCAACUGCAUCAAGGUCCUCGUAGGCCACGACAACUGGGUGCGCGACCUCGUCUUCCACCCGGGCGGCAAGUACCUCAUCAGCGCGUCCGACGACUACACGCUGCGGUGCUGGGACCUGACGCAGGAGGGCAAGUGCGUCAGGACGGUCCAGGGCGUGCACGGCCACUUCGUCUCGUGCCUGCGUUGGGCGCCGAGCAUCAUCCGGGAGGACGCGUCUGCCAACGGGACGGGCGAGAACGGAGCCAACGGCACGCCGAGCAAGAGCGCGGCAGCGCCCGCCACGACGGAGCAGAUUCGGUGCGUCAUCGCCACGGGAAGUGUCGACAUGAAGGUGCGCGUGUUUGCGAAUUAG